AUGGUACUUAAAAGCAUUGCAGAUGCAGACUCCCAAUCUAACCCCUUCUCCGCACUUGCUCCAGAAAUAAUCCACGAGAUUCUCUCACAUCUAGAUAUCCCUUCGGUAUGUGCCCUAUCUCAUACAAAUACCUUUUUGAGAAGUUCUGUGACCGAAGACCAGUUUAAACUGCAUCUGACCGCAGUUUGUCCCUGGUUUGAUCCUGACUCGUCGCGUUUCAACACGUUUAAGGAGUGUACAUUUGAAUAUCUUCGUCGAAUGAGUGGCAAGAAGUUCGCUCCCUGUCUUGAUAACGUCAGUACACGUCUUCCUGUUGAGGAUAUGGGACCGUCUGUUCAAUCUGUGAAUGGAUAUGUGGAGAUGAUCAAAGUCAGGAACACCCAUAAGUUCUCUGACAAUGUGUACAUAUCGAAAUACGGAAUCAGAGUCAACCUCGGGAGCCUGGAAAUGUGGUCUGCACCUGAUUUUCAAUAUAUCAUCUCUCUCCCUCAACUCUUUGCAACAAUCAUCGGUCACAGAUGUACUCAAUAUGUUCUCGGACAGCUUCUCCUGCAAUACAGAGACGAAGAUCAUCCCCGCAUAUACGAUCUACCUGACUGCGACGACUACCGGAUGAUUCACUGUGGCAAGCACGUGUUUGUUUACACCAUCAAGUGGGACCUGGAGUAUGAGUACCCUGAGGACAAGGAGCUCCUGCUGUAUGUAUCUGAGGACGGUCUUCGACAAGUGAUGGUUGGUAUUCCAUCUCAUCGGCCAAAUUCAGUGUAUGACGGCUAUUUCUUCUUCACCGAUGACAACAACGCACUUUGUUUCGCGCAAGCGGGUCUUGACGGGUUACAAGUGAUUGAUCGAGCCCCUAAUAGACGUCGCUGUGAUUUCUUUUGUGAUAGCGGCAAGACAGGUCAUAUGUUUGUGCAAGAUCAGAUGGGUAACAGUCAUCUCUGGGAUAUGGCUCGCCACACCAUGCAUCUUAUACCACCGUCACACCGUGUCCAGAUUUCGGAUGUGCCUAUUUUCCUUACGGUGCCGUAUCCUGGUAUAGACAGUGUAGACUUGGAGAUGGCUGAGGCCCAGGACGAGGUUCCGAUCGAGCCUGAACGAGCCCCCUUUGCUCUGUUUGCUUCGCUCCAUCACUUGGCGGGGAUAUUUUAG